AUGAAAUAGGAGAAAACAAUUGAAGAUUAUCGUAGAGAUAUCAAACUUCUUAAGCUUAAAUAUAUUAAGCUUUAAGAAGAAAAGGUUAAAUUAGAGGAUACAGUUAAAAGGAUGGCCCUUUAAUAAGGAAAUAGAGGGCCAGCUGGAGCUGAUGAAAACAUAAUUGCAGAUUUAGAUAAAGAUUUUCUUAAAGGAGAUUAAAGUCCUUCGAAAAAUUCUGCUAAUUAUAUGAGUUAUGAUAAAAACGUUAUGAGAGAAUUUUCUCAGAGAUGCAAGUUGAAUUUAGGAAUGUCUCCUGAAAGCUUAUUUAGGGCAGCUGAUGUAGAAGGGACAGGAUAAAUAACAGAUUAGCAAUUUAAAUCAUUUUUGUAAUAAAGUAGAUUAGGUAUUAACACUUAAUAUAUUUAAAGAAUUGUUCAGCUUUCUGAUAUUAAUUGCACAGGAAUUAUCAAAAAACAAUCCUAUUAUGAAUGUCUUGCAGCAUUCUAGGUCAACUAAGAAGUUAAUAAUAAUACAUCAGAUAACAGAACAUUUGUCCAAAAGAGUUUGAUUAAAUUUGCUUAGAACCUUAUUGAUAAGAAAACAUCUCCUCAUGACUGCUUCUCGGCUAUGGAUAGUUCUGGAGCAAAUAUUAUUAAUUAUGAUGAUUUAAAUAGCUAUGUUGCCAAGUAUUGCAAAAAUAUGAACGAUACUGAAUGUAUUGGCGCCUUUAAUUAUUUGGAUAUAGACAAAGAGCAGCGUAUUGGUAGAGAUAUGUUUGUGGUUGAAGUUAAAAAAUAUAUGAGGGUUGUUGCUAAAGAAAAGUCAGUUAAUAUUGAUGAUUUUAUUGAUAGUAAAUCCAAUUUACCUCCAAGGCCUGCAGGACCUUCAAGCUCAAACAAAGGCUAAAGCAGCUAAAAAGGAGGUAAUUCUUCUGCUGGGCCUAAUAGCUUGGUUGAAAUAGAUUUCGGUACAAAUUCUGUUCCAAUUUAAGUAAAUAAAAUAAGUGAUCAAGAUAUAAAGGAUGUCGUCAAUAAAUUAACUUAGACUUAUAAAAUAGACAUCAAAGAACUUCUUUCUCAUAUUAUUCUUAACUGUAAACAUCCAAAUUCAGGUAUUUUUGUUAGCGAUUUUUUUAGUGCUUUUGAGAAGCUUAAAAUUGGAAGAAAAAUCCCUAAUGAGGUUAAGAUGAAAUUCUUUAAGUGUAUGGAUUCUGGUAACAAUGGUUCUAUAGAUUAUGAAGAAAUGAUCUAGUUUUAUGUAGAAAGAAAAGAUCCUUCUAGUCCCAUGAGUUUUAUUUACACUAUCGUAGCAAGAAUAUUUAGAUCUAUCUAAAUAAGAACAACUGAAGCUCUUUCAUUCUUGAGCAUUUAGCCAGAUGCAUAACUAGAUUAAAAAAGCUUUGUUGUAGUUGCAGAUAAAAUAUUUAGUGUCUAAAGACCCAAGCUUCAAGAAAUCGUUUUUAAAGAAUUAACUAAUGGCUUAGGUGUAUUAUCAGCUGAGAAACUGAUCUUUGAAAUAGAUAAAGAGAUAGACUUUUUUGAAAGCCAUGAUGGUGACUUGCAAUCAAGCAGGCUAAAUAAGUCUAGCAAUUCUAUUUCCAAGAUGGGAGGCAAAAAAUCAUUCGCUAAUUUAAAAAACUCUGUACUACAAAGAUAAGAAUCAGCAGGAUCUAAGGGAUCUAAUAAAAAACUCCCUUCUUUAAAUAGGAUUAAUACUAAGGCCCUUUCCUAUGUUGAAACUGACAUUAACGAAUAUGAAAAAAUUAUGUCUUAAGUUUAUCCUAAAUUCGAUUAAAAAAAAGAUUUUUUUGAAAAGAUUACUAGAAAUGAUGAAGGAGAAGUAGAGUAUACGUAUUGGUAAACUAUAUUAAAUGAUGAACUUCCUACCUUGAAAAAAGCUUUAGAAAUUGUAAAAAAUUUAAAACCAGGAGAGAUGUGGAAUGAUCCUGAGUUUGGACCAACUGAAAGUGAUCCCUAUGGUUCUAAAUCUAUGUAUUUUAGUGAUAAUGAUAUUCCUACAGGAUGUCCUCCUCCUGAGAAUGUAGAAUGGCUUAGAAUAGGUGAAUAAUUAGAAAGACACUUAGAAAAUAAUCCAGAAGAUAAUACUGACGAUCAUUCUGACGAAGCUCAUUUCUUGUUAUCAGGAGCAAGCAGUAAUGAUGUUAAACAAAGCAGUUAUUUGGGUGAUUGCUGGUUUGUUAGUGCAUUAAGUAUCAUAGCCUAAAAUGAUGCUUAUUUAGUAGGAAGCUACGAUCCUAGUGCUAAAAAUGUUUCCCAAGAAUAAGUCUUAAUUCAAAUGUCUGAAGGUAUAUACCCUCCUAUGUUCCACUUCCUCAAGUAGUAUGGAGUUUUUAUUUUUAAAUUUUAUAAAAAUUUCGAAUGGAGAUACGUUAUAAUUGAUGACAAAUUACCUUGCCUUGAUGGAAAGAUUAUAUAUUCUCACUGUAGUUCUUAUAACGAAUUUUGGGUAUCUCUCAUAGAAAAAGCAUAUGCUAAAAUCCAUAAUUGCUAUCAAGCUCUAACUUCUGGUGAUAUAGGUUAAGGUUUGUCUGAUUUAACUGGUUAAGUAUCCAUGAAGAUGAGAUUCGAUAGUAUUAAAACUACUUUAUAAUAAAUUGAAGGAGGUGAUUUUGAUAAGAGCGGUAUUAUGAUAAAUGGUGUUAAAUAUGAUUGCAGUGAUGAAGCAUCCUACAAAAAAGUCUAUGACAAAAUAGUUUAAGAAAGAGAUAAUCUUUGGAACGCUUUAUCCUUAUUUGAUAAUCAAGGAAGUUUAAUGGGAUGCAGCGCUGAUGGUGGAACAGAAUCUGCAAUUACUUACAAUGAUGAAAAGGCAGGAAUUUAUUCAGGACACGCAUAUUCCGUUAUAGAUAUAUUUUAGAUUGAUUAUAGUUAAGAAGAAAAAAAAAAUCAUGAUAGUAAUCACAGAUAAUACCAUAGAUUGCUUUGCCUUCGUAAUCCUUGGGGUUUUGGUGAAUGGCUUUUAAAGUGGUCUGAAACUGAAGAAGAAGGAAAACUUUCAAGAUAUGAGAAAGCUAUAAGUGAUUAUUUCGAUAAGAAAAUUGAAGUAGCUAAAUCAAAAGGAUUAGAUCCUCCAGAUAAAUAUUAACCUGGUACUGAUGAUGGUAUGUUUUUGAUUUGCUACAAAGAUUGGAGAACAAUUUUUUCAAAUCUUUUUAUUUGCUUUAAAUUUGAUCCUAGUGUCUGGAUUGGCUAUGAAAUCGAAGACAAGUGGUCUAAAGGAUUCUGCUCUGGCUCUGUCAAAAAAGGUGAGCCAAGUAUUACAAACUUUGCAUAAAAAAAUCCCUAGUUUGUAUUUUAACUGAAAAAGGCAUAGAGAGAACCUGUUAAGGCUUUCAUUAACUUAGUUCAAGAUGAUGGAAGACUAUACAUAGGUGCUAAAUAUCCUUAUGAAAAUAUUUAACAAUCUCUUCUUCUUUGCUUAUUUGUUCUUGAAAAUGGUAAAACAAAACUAGAAAAGUUUGAUCAAAAGAUUAUGAUAGCUUCUAGUGGUAAGUUCAAUUUGAGAAGAGAAGUAGACUUUGGUAAAUUGAUAGAUGUAGAGCCUGGUAAAACUUAUUGUAUAGUUCCUUGUACUAUGAAAGGUGAAGUGGAAGGAGAAGAAUUUAGAGAUAUUGAUUUCUCAAUUAACUUCUACUUCUCUAAUUGUCCAGAUUAAGAUAUGGAAUUUAAGAAAGUGAAUGGACCAGGACCUCUUGUAAAGCAAAAAGUUAGUGUCCAGGCAGUUGAUCCAUUAUUAGCAGCUAAUUCUGAAAAAAUAAAGAACUUUAUUGUUAACAGUGUAAAUAAAAUGAUGAAUGAUUUCUGA